CCGGCAGCGACCCGUCAGCUCGUCGGCGAUUGGUUGAUUUCUACUUCCUGUUGCGUGACGUUACCGCCCGGCUCCUGGGUUUGCACGUGUGGUGAGGCCUAAAAACUUGUCCGUGAGCAGCGUUUUGGUCUCCCCUCCGACUUCCAGGGGGUAAUCGCGGUUUUUUUGAGGGCGAGAGCCGCGCGGCUGCAGCAUGCCUCACAGGAAGAAAAAACCGUUUAUAGAGAAGAAGAAAGCUGUGUCUUUUCACUUGGUCCACCGGAGCCAACGAGAUCCUUUAGCAGCAGAUGAGACUGCACCCCAGCGGGUUCUGUUGCCCACACAGAAAAUAAACGAUGAAGAAAGGCGAGCAGAACAGAGGAAGUAUGGAGUAUUCUUUGACGAUGACUAUGACUACCUACAGCACCUGAAGGAACCAUCUGGGCCUUCUGAGCUUAUUCCCUCAAGUACCUUCAGUGCACACAGCAAGAGGGAUGAGAAAGAAGAGACUUUAGUAAUUCCAAGCACUGGAAUUAAGUUGCCUUCAUCAGUGUUUGCAUCAGAGUUUGAGGAAGAUGUUGGAUUAUUAAAUAAAGCAGCUCCAGUUUCAGGACCUCGACUGGAUUUUGAUCCUGACAUUGUUGCAGCUCUUGAUGAUGAUUUUGAUUUUGACAAUCCAGAUAAUCUGCUUGAGGAUGACUUUAUUCUUCAGGCCAAUAAGCCUACAAGAGAGGAAGAGGGAAUGGAUAUACAGAAAUCUGAGGAUGAGGAUGAGUGGGAAGAUGUGGAUGAUGAGAGGGGAAGAGGCAGUGAUGCUGAUGACUGUGACUCUGUGGGCCCAUUAUCAGACGACAAUGGUAUGUUUGCCCCUGGAAAACCUCACGGAGCUGUAGAAAAUCACUUUUUCUGGGAUGAAGAAACGAAAAGUCGCUUCACAGAGUAUUCUAUGACUUCCUCAGUCAUGAGGAGAAAUGAACAGCUGACUCUUCAUGAUGAGAGGUUUGAGAAGUUUUAUGAGCAAUAUGAUGAUGAUGAAAUUGGAGCUCUGGAUAAUGCUGAAUUGGAAGGUUCCAUUCAAGUAGACAGCAAUCGCUUACAGGAAGUUUUGAGUGACUACUAUAAAGAGAUGGCAGAGAAUUGUGUAAAGUUGAAUACUCUUGAACCUUUUGAGGAUCAAGACCUGCCAAUGAAUGAGCUCAAUGAGUCUGAGGAAGAAGAGAUUGUUACUGUAGUUCUUGAAGAAGCCAAAGAAAAGUGGGAUUGUGAAUCCAUUUGUAGUACCUACUCAAAUUUAUACAACCAUCCACAGCUUAUCAAGUAUCAACCAAAGCCCAAACAAAUCCGAAUAUCUUCUAAAACAGGAAUACCUCUCAAUGUCUUACCCAAAAAAGGACUCACAGCAAAGCAAGCUGAACGAAUGCAGAUGAUUAAUGGCAGUGAUCUGCCUAAGGCAUCAACCCAACCACGUUCUAAAAAUGAAAGCAAAGAAGACAAAAGAGCAAGAAAGCAAGCUAUAAAAGAAGAGCGCAAGGAACGAAGAGUGGAGAGGAAAGCUAAUAAACUGGCAUUUAAACUGGAGAAAAGAAGGCAGGAAAAGGAGCUACUGAACUUGAAGAAGAACGUUGAGGGUCUGAAGCUAUAGAUGGUGGGACGUUUAGGAUAAGGCACAUUUCCUAGUAAGAGCUCUUCAUUAUGUUCGGUAAUCAACUAAGAUGUUCAGAAAGACAAAACUGUAUGCUCUGCCAUUUUUACUGGCAGAUAUUGAAGAGAAAAAUACAAUAUUGUAUUAUUUUUAUACCAGCAAGUUUCCCCUGCCACCUGUGUUGUAAAUAUUGUAAUAUUUUUAAGUUUAAUAUUAUAAGCUUAGAUUUGCUCUGAAAUAAUUGACUUCAUGAAUGUGAAAUGUUAGGAUAAAUUAAAGGAAAAUAUCUUCAUAACUUGAA